GUCUGCUCGUCUUACAAUGGCUCUUACGUUGGCGGUCGUUCUGGCAUGCGUCGGAGUCGUUCUAGGCUCCGUCCAUCCCCCGGCAUAUAGCCAUCACCUACAGCCGGCUUACAGUCAUCAUGCGUCUGCCUACGAGCACGGUUACUGCGACCCAAGUGCUGUCCCCGCCUGCGCUGCCAACUCCACUCUCUCCUACUGCUUGGAAGACGCUGAUUAUCCCGAGUACGAGAUCAAGGCUGCCAUCACUGCCGAUCACCUCUUCGCCAAGAAGUACGCUGACGUCGCCGACCAGUCUGCUGAUGACCUGGUACACAUGCUUACCAAGGACCAGGAGGAGGCUUUCGACUACUCUUACUACACUGUGGCCUCCACUGGGGACUCUCCUUACGAUGCCACCCACUGGGCUGGUCCUGAGGGCUACAUUUGUCCCUCCGAUGUGGUGUAUGCCAUGCCCAAACGUGCCCAGAAUGUGGACGGCAAGUGGCGUGUCAUUGUCAACGACGUUCACUAUUACAGUCAAACUGCCCGCUUGGAGACUUGUCUGUUCCCAGAGGCUGCUUGCCGCGCCCUUGCUCCUUGCUACCAGAGUCACUGCACCCAGAAGUCAGUGUACCACCGACUCCUAUCCUACGAUCCAUGUGACCCUUACAAGGGUCUCUUCAUCGACAUUUACAAGAUGCCAUCUGCCUGCUCCUGCCAUCUUCCCGCCUAACGCGCCACCACAACGCUCCUCAGCGAAGCGCCACUGUUCCACACACCAACAUUUAACACUCCAUAGCCACCAUGGAACCACCGACAAUCCCUGUACGCCCGCCCCUUAAAGCGAGAAGAGCACCUUACGUGACUGGAGAACUGCUUUCUUCAUGUACCGCCACUAGUCAUGCCAGAACUCUCGGGACACUGCCGCCGCUGCUCUCUCUCUACCCAUUUCAAUUUAUUUACCUUAUUAGCCAACGAAAGAUUGAUGCGAGAAG